AAACCCACGACAAGAAAGCUCUCUGGUACUCAUAGCGUACGCCCCUCAAAAUUGAUUCCCUGAAUAUAAUCACUGAAAUAUUUUAGUGACCUCUGGAUAACCAUGGUAACUCCGUUGGUUUUGGGAGCAUAGAAAAUGGCGCCAUUGAAGUCUCUGCAGCAAGAGUACCCGCUCGUUGAUUCUGGCUUCCAAGCUUUUUGUGCUUCCCACGGCAUUUUCUCGGUGGAAGACUUCCUCCUGUAUGAUGUUGAUGUAUUGAUUUCUUCUGCGGAUAAGCAGUCUACCUCGCAGAGACUAAAGCAGGGAAUCAAUCAACUCCUGUCUAUCAUAGAUGCGUUGCAUCGACCAUUGUUGACUGGUCUGAAUCUCCUUGAAGAUUCUAAGCGGAAUAAACAUGCAUUAUCCACCGGAUGUCAAGGGAUUGACGCAUUGCUUGGAGGUGGAUUGCGCCUAGGACAAGUAACUGAACUUGUUGGACCAUCUUCAUCUGGAAAAACACAAGCUUGCCUGCAGUUUGCCACAACUGCUGCAACGAAGCAUAUAGGUUUUGUCAUAUACUUGGAUACAUGCAAUGCCUUUUCGCCCCAGCGCAUUGCCCAUUACGCUGGUCAGUCCUCUGGUCCUGUCUCUAACGAUCAGGCUGAUCACAAACCUCUUCAGCAAGUACUGGACAGAAUAAUCUGUUAUUCAGUGUUCAACAUUUUUCAAAUGUUUGAUUUGUUGCAUCAGCUGGAAAUCAAUCUGAGAUCUCAGAUGUUCAAAUCAGAUUGUCAAGUUCGGUUGCUUAUUGUUGAUUCAGUUUCUUCACUGAUUACCCCCAUCCUGGGGGGAAGUGGUCCUCAGGGACACGCUUUGAUGAUAUCUGUUGGGUUUUUACUAAAGAAGUUAGCACAUGAGCAUAAUCUAGCUGUGUUGGUGACAAAUCACAUGGUGGGGGGAGACUCUGGUACUAGCAAGCCAGCACUGGGAGAGAGUUGGAAGACUGUGCCACAUGUACGAAUUUUGCUUUCUCGCGAUCGGGAGAGCAAUAUAUGCACUUUUUCAAUUAUAAAACAUCCAUCCAUGGUAUGUCCCUCUGUCAGAAAAUUUCUUGAUGGCGUUAUCGGACUCUUUUUUCUAGCUUUUGUGUUCACUCUACAUUUUACACCUAUCUGUUGAUUUAUCGGACGGGGAGGGACCCCGUUUAUUUGAUAAGGGGGCGCCCCUCUCAAAAAAGAAUUCUUGUAUUUGUAUUGUCUAUGUGUUUAUUAUCUCCCCAUGCCCACAAUAAUAAUGAUAAUGUAAUAAUCCACCCACCCGAAACUCUCAGCAUGUUAGAACUCUGAAAUGAAUGCCAAGGCAUGUGUUGCAAUCUCAACCAACCAUGGCUUGUCCAUCUAAUUUCAACCUAUAAAACCAUUAUUCACUGAGCA